CCCGCCCCCUCCUCUUUGCUGCCGGAUGUGUGAUGUGGCUCGCGGCUGCUGGUAACCAUGUCUGCAAUCUUCAAUUUUCAGAGUCUACUCACAGUAAUCUUGCUCCUUAUAUGUACCUGUGCAUACAUAAGAUCCUUGGCUCCCAAAGUACUGGAUAACAAUCAAACUGGAUUACUGGGCAUAUUCUGGAAGUGUGCCAGGAUUGGUGAACGGAAGAGCCCUUACGUUGCUGUGUGCUGUAUAGCAAUGGCUUUCAGUAUUCUGUUUGUGCAGUAACAGUUGGGGAAAAAAAUCAGGAGUAUGUUGGCGGUAAAACUACAAUGGAAUAAAAGACUC